AUGUAUAUUCGGGGAAUUGAUGAACCUCUCAUAUCCCGAAUAUUCACGGUAACAUUGACAGGGGCAGCACAGGCAUGGUUUUCAACCUUGCCUGCUAAUUCCAUCGGAUCCUUCGAGGAGUUCGGACAGAAGUUCCUGUUGAACUUUGCAACCAGCAAGAAGCAUCCAAAGUCCGAGUUCGCUCUUGGAAAGAUACGACAGCAACCUGGAGAAACCCUCCAAAAAUACCUUAACCGGUUCAAGGACGCUGCGCUGCAGGUCCCAGGGUUGCAAGAGAAUGUCCACGUCCAUCACAUUGUCGCAGGUCUGGAUGGCGGAUCCAGACUCGCCAAGUCGGUCUAUAAGGACCCAAUAAAGACAUUGGAGGAGUUUAGAACUCGCUCGAAGAAAUACCUUGAACUAGAGCAAAUGGAGAUUGCAAAUGCGCAAUAUGAUGAAGUCAACAGAACAAGCCCGAGAAGGAGGAGUCCACCCCCGAAGGGAAAAGAACGAGUUGACAGUAAGAAGAAAGAUCAGCACCAACGGAUCCCAGACAUGAGAGAACGCAUUGGAAGGUACGAUAAGUAUACACCUUUGAAUGCGUCGCGUUCUCAAAUUUGGAGAGAAGUAGCCACGACGGAGAUGAAAAAGGUGGAGAGACCUCGUCCCAUAUUCGACAGAGGAGGAUUAGAUAAAUCCAAGUACUGUGCCUUUCAUGAUGGGCCAGGCCACACCACUGAUCAGUGCUGGGAUCUCCGAGACGCGGUGGAGAAGUUUGUGAGAGACGGUAGAUUACGUCAAUAUGUGAUAAAAACUCAAGGUUCCAAGAAGAACAAAAGGAAGCUGGGGAACAGGAACCGAAGCAAAAGCCCUGCUACUGAAAAGAAGAACAGAGAGGAUAAGAAUCAGAAAAAUGAUUCCAACUAUCACGACUUCCCUGAAGCGGAAUUUGAUUGUAAUGUAAUUAGUGGAGCUUUGGGAGGUGGAGGAGAUACUGUAAGUGCUAGAAGAAAGUACUUGAAAGAGGUACUCUCCAUUCGUGAUCGCCCCAAGUUCAAAGAAGACUCAACCAAGCCAGAUCCACCUCUGUUAUACUUUACCAAGGAAGACAUGCGCGGGAUGCUGCCCGAUCAUGUUGACGGACUGGUAAUCGCAGGGACCCUAGUAAACUGCCGGGUCAGGAAGAAUUUUGUGGAUGCAGGAAGUUGUGCCGACAUCAUACUCUGA